AUGUAAGGUGAGAAAGAAAAUAAAAAUUGGUCAGAUCUAGAAAAUGAAAGCUUCUAUUCCAUUUUGUGUUCAUUAAAUUUCUCUGAAGAAUAAUAAUCCUUUUUAUAUCAAUAAAUCUAGUAAUUUUAGAGUUCUGAGGCAAUUAUUAAUUUUAUUUUGAUUGAGAAUCCAGAUUGGGAAAAAUUAUUAAAAUGGGUUCAAAGGGAAAACUAGCUUAAAGUCCAAGAAGGAUAAAAAGAUUAGAUUAAAUAACAAUAAUAAUUGAAUCAAUAACAAUAAAAUCAAUAAUAAUUAAAUCAAUAACAAUUAAACCUAUAAAAUUUCAAUCAAUAACAAUAACAAACAAACCAAUAAUAAUUGAUGAAGAUAAGAAACUACUUGAAGUAAAGAAUUAAUAGUAAUAAGGAAAUAAAUAGUAUUAUUUAAUAUAUUUAAUAAUCUGUUUAUAACAUUGAUAUUAUAGAAAAUGUCUUAAAUUGUGAAUUUGAAUCAUUUGAAGAGUUUGUUUAGCUACUAAAAAUUUUUGAAGGAGAAAGUAAGAUUUUAGCUUAAAAGCGCACUUAAGAAAACAUUACUAAAUAAUAAUCAGAUAAUAUGCUGUAUGAAAAAUAACAAAUUGAGCAACUCUUUGCCGAAUUUCAAUAGCUAAACAGGAGAAAUAAUUUAGAAAUUUAAAAUUUAUUCAUUAAAAUAUACAGCUCUUUUUAGAAUCAAUAAAUUGAUACAGCAAAUCUUGAUUUUAAUAAAUCUCCAUAAUUGGAAUACCAAGAUCUAUACUUGUUAUGUACAAAAGUUAAAAAGCAUUUCUCCUACUAUCCAAGACCAGUUUAAUUAUUAUCUGUUGUAGAACUAUAUAGUCAUGAGAAUAACCAAGGUCGCUUAGCCUAAAUAUUUACUGGAGAAGGUAAAACCUUAAUAGUAGCUAUGCUUGCAAUUCUGUUGUGUAAAAAGAAAAAAGUUAAUGUGGACAUUGUAACUAGUUCUCCAGUUUUGGCUAUUAGGGAUGCACAAGAAUUAGCCUCGUUUUAUAAAUUAUUUUCUAUAUCGGUUGCUCAUAAUAUUAAUGGAUCCUAAAAUUAGAAACUAAAGAUGUUUCCAUGUUAUGAAUCUCAAGUUAUCUAUGGAGAUCCUCAUAGUUUCUAAGCUGACAUACUAAGACAUGAAUAUUCAGAAUUAGGAACUAUGGGAAGUAGAUAAUAGGGAUAUAUAAUAGUUGAUGAAGUAGACUCUAUGCUUAUAGAUGGCAAUAGUAAUAAGACACUAUUAAGCACACCCAUUCCUGGAAUGCUGGAUCUAACAAAAGUUCUUCGAUUGAUUUGGGAUGAAAUUUGUAAAUCACUGCCCAAUCUCUCAACUGAUAAAAAAGUUAUGAUUAUGAAUGAAAACGAAUAUUAUACUACUGAUUUAGAUGAAUACGUUGAAAAAACCUUAGAUCUUUAACUUAAACAAGUCGUGUACAAUUUUAUACCAAAAUUUCGAAUAAACUAUAUCAAAUUUAUGAAAAAAACCUGGAUUGAAAACGCAAUUUUAGCUAAAUUUCAUUUUCAAGAGAGCAAGCAUUAUUUAAUCGACAAUAAUAAUGUUAGAAUUAUUGAUUUUCAAAAUACUGGAGUAGUGCAUAAGGAUAAUAUGUAAUGGCAGAAAGGACUUCAUUAAUUUAUUUAAUUAAAACACAAUCUUCCAAUCACUCCUUUAAGAAUCAGUACUAACUACUUAUCUAAUGUUGGCUUCUUUAAAAGGUAUCAGAAUCAACUUCUAGGCCUUACUGGCACCUUAGGAUCAUAAGUUACUUAGAAUCUUUUAGCCAAAUCGUACACACUCGAUUUUGUUUUCAUGCCACCAUUUAAGAAAAGACUUUUGAAAAUCUAACCAGGUAUUGCAACUCUUAGUAAAGAUGAGUGGUAUUAAGAAAUUUAAAAAUCGGUAUAAUAACAAUUGAAUUCAGGGAGGGCUGUGCUUAUAAUUAAUCAAACAAUUUAGGAUGUUUAAAAAAUAGAUGUUUAUCUAAAAAAAUAUAAAAUAUAAUCUAUCACUUAUACAGAUGAUCAAUAGGAAUUAAAGAAGGUAAUUGGACCUAAAUCUGUUAUCAUUGCCACAAACUUGGCCGGAAGGGGGACCGAUUUAACAACUAAUGAAGAAUUAGAAAAGAAUGGUGGUCUUCAUGUCAUAAUGUCUUUUCUACCUCGAAAUAUAAGAAUUUAACUUCAAGGAUUUGGUAGAACAGCAAGGUAAGGUAAAUUGGGUACUGCAGAACUAAUUGUAAGUUUCCCUGAAAAUUUAUUUGUUGGAGGUCUCACUUAACUCAAAACGAUUUAGGAUGCCUUGGAUUAUUAUUCAACAAGUUAGAAAAAAUAAAGCAAAAAUUAUUUAGAAGUCCUUACAUUCUUUAGAGAUCUAAGUGAAUAAUACUAUUCAAACGAAAUAGAAUUAGAAAUGAAAAAAUUAUUAAAUGAGGACAAAUGUUUUAAAAAGUUUUGUUAAUUAGCAAAGAGCAAAGUAAAAAUAAACGAAAAUAGGGCCGCCUUUUAAAUUUUAGAAGAGAAAUGGGGUCUUUAUUUGGAACAAUUUCAAGAGACUGGAUUAAAUGAAGAUGAAAUUGAAAAUUGGUUGAAUUCUGAUGAAGGAUAAAAUCCAAAAUAUUUGGUAUAUCAAGGACUGUAAAAGGACGAUUUAAAGACAUUUUAAAAGGCAGCUGAAAUAUCUGAAAACGAUCCUUAGGUAUAAUAUUACAAAGGUUUAAGUGAAAUAUAACAUGGGAGCAGUAAAGAAGCUAUUUAAACAUUGGAAAAAGCAAAAUCUUUAUUUCUCACUAAGAUUAAUGAUGAAAAAGGAUUUGCAACUGCUUCUAAGUUGAACAGGAUUUAAGUAGAAUAGUUUUAAGAUAAUUAAAAUUUGCCUGAUUUUUAAUAGUCCGAAAUUAAGGUUCCUAAAUAAAAUCUAGAAUUACCCGACUUAGACUUAACAAAAGAUUCAGAAAUAACUAAUGUAUCAGCUAUUGAAUUUAUCAAGUAAAAUAAUGUAUAAAAAGAUACUAUUGAGAGUAAGAUUAAUAAUCAUUUAAAAGUGUAUAAUAAAGUAAUUCAAAACAUCGACUCUAUUCUAAACACUUUGAAAACCUUCAAUCCUAAUGAUGAAGUACUUGAUUUAAGUUGGAUACCAGUGAUUAUGAAGGAUGAAAAAGAAAAUGGUGAUUUAGAACAAUCUAUAAAAGAUUAGUAAGAAGUGAUUGACGACGGACCGUUACCUAAACUUGGUAGUCUGAAUAAAAAGAAAAAAGAAAAAAGUUUUUUUGAAUAUAUAGCAAUGUUUGCCAUUGGGUUGUGUUAGUUUGUAGUUGGAUGUGCAAUAUGUGCAUUCACAGCUGGGGCUGCUUUGCCUAUAGGGUAAGCCUUAAUAAGUGAAGGUAUCGCUGACAUGUUGCUUGCCGUUCAAUCAGCAUGGAAAGGAAUAAAAAUUGAUUGGGGAACUUGGGGAUAAUAAAAAGUUAUUAAUAUUGCAGCUUCAUUAGCUUUGGCAGGACCUGUAGGAAUCAAGGAAGCUCUUCAACUUGGUGGAACUUCUAUGAAAACAUUAAAAAAAAUUGGAAUCACUGAAUUUUUGAAAAAAAUCCCUGAAGUUACUAUUGAAGGAUUAAAAAAAUCUGGUUUUUGGUUGACUGAUUUAGAAUAAUAAGCUGUAGAAUAGAAAUAUCAAUCUUUAUAAGACGUAAUAAAACUUGUAUAGAAUGCUACUAACUAUGCUGAACUUGAGAAUUUAUUUUAAAAUUAUAACGAAUUAGAUUCUGGUGUUUUAGAAAUCAUAAGUCAAUCCUUUUAAGAGAGUAAAGGUAGUGUUGAUGGUUUUAAAAAGUGUUUUUGCUAACUUGCAUAAAAAUAUAUAAAAUUAUCAAUGGCUAAAUGUAAAUAAGGUUCUGAAAAUGGUUCAAUUAAAAAAAAAGUGAUUGAAAUCGGUUUAAGAGAAGGAAAUAAAAAGUAUAAGCAAGUGAAAAAUGAUAUUGAAGAUUAUAACCAAUAUAAGGAGGCAAUGAACAAUGAAUUAAAUUAUUUCUCCACUAAGAUGUUAGAUUAUUAUUAAAAAGAUUAGGAAAUCCAAAGAAUUGCCUUCUUUCUUGAUUAUUUUUACCAAAAAUUGUGUGAUUAAGAGUAGGUGUUUAAAACAAUCACAAAUAAAAUGAUAUAAGCUUUACUAAGUUAGAGUUUUAAUGUUUAAAAUAUGAAUGUGCAAAAUGCAUGCAAUUAACUAUAAAUUUCAAAUUCCUAAUCUAUGAAUAAAUUUUAUCAAGGUAUCAUGAGGCCUGUUAUUUACAAUCUAUGUAAUGAAUUAGGAGCUUAAUCAAAAUACAAAGAUCCAUUAGAAAUGAUAUUAAAAAAUGAAUACAAACAACAUUAUAAUGCAAAACUUGAAUAAUUGUAAAAUGAGCUUCAAAAUCUAACUAAUUAUUAACAAUAAGUAAAGUCUCGAUCAGACUAAUGUAAAUUAGGAAAUAAAUCAUAAUAGGAAAUCGAUCAUAUGAAUUAGAUGAUUGUUGACUUUAAUUAGAAAAGAGACUUAUUUAACUAAUAACAACAUCAACUUAAAGAAGCCGAAAAACUUGAAUAACAUGAGUUAGUGAAAAAUAUUAUUGACUAUCUGAAAAGGGAAGGAAUGAUCAUGGAUGAUAGCUUAACAUUCAAACCACAAUACUUAAAUGUGUUCAAUUAAUAUUUGAAAAAUCAAAAUUUUAAUGAUAUCUUGAAAUAAAUUCUAUUAUUGGCUAUGUAAAGCAUCCCGAAAGAAAUUGAUAAUUUCAAAUCUACAUCCAAAAAACUGUUUUCAAACAAAUUAUUACAAGCUAUUGAAAUAGUUAUGUUAGAUGAAAUUAAAAAAUACAUUUUUGAAUCCAGAAUGUAGAAAGCGGAUGAAAAGAUAGCGAGCAAAAUUGAUUGA